AAGAAACCUGAUGUAAAGUAUUCUCAAAGGUCAAGCUCAGUGGGGUAUCUUUCUUCAAUUUCAGCUGAAAGAGAAGUUUUGGAUCCGUCUAUGAGGUUUAAAAUACGCAAAGGAGUGGAAUCAUCUUCAGAACAAUCUGUCGUCAUGUUCAGAAUAAGAAGAUCAUUCCUUUCUUUAUUUCAGGCCUCAGAUGAUGAAGAAGUGUUCACACCUGAGUGUGUUCAGCGAGAUGAUGAGGACAAACACAAGACUAUAUACAGGCGCAGAUUCGGAAUGAAUCCUGAUGUAAUGCGUCUCCAAAGAGCGGAAUCAUCUUCAGGACAAUCAUCCUCAGAUUAUGGAGAAGUGUUCACACCUGAGUGUGUUCAGCGAGAUGAUCAGGAAAAACACAAGACUAUAUACAGGUUUGUGUGUUCACAUGCUGGUCAGUUUCAGUGCAGUCUGACCAGCCUUGUGUUUGUGAUGGAGGAUGAAGGAGAGGUGCUGUAUAACACAGUCUCAUGGGAUUCUGGUCUGGGUCAGGUGCAGCCUGCAGGGCCCUUGUACAACAUUGAAUGUUCUGCAGGUUCAGUCUCACAUCUACACUUUCAGCACUGUGUGAUAUUCUCUGAAGAAAACAAGGACUGUUUGGCUGUAGCACAUGUCACUGGUGGUAAUGUAGAAAUAAUACAGCCACUCAGAGUGACAGAAACUCAUGUGAUCAUUGACAUCAGAGAUCUCAGCAUUUUUGGGCUCAUCUGGAUUAAAAAAAAAUUGGGCUUCCCCAUUAAAGGCCAGGUUUUGCUCUUUCUUCGACCUGUAACUGUUAAACAGAAAAUACUUAAUGUCCACUUGCUUCCAGGGAAUGUUCCAGUAUCAGAGGUCCAGCGCUGGCACCUGGAUAAAAAAUACAUUGAGACAAGUUCAAAAUGUCAGCUGUUUCCUAAAAAACAAUACAGUCUGUGUUGUCAGCCAGAGGAUUGUGAAGUGCAACCAGUGAGUGAGAUGUUUGAGCUUGAUCCUUUUGGCCCAAACUAUCAUCCCACGUUUGAAGUGUUUUUGGAUGUCAACAUUGAGGAGAUCCGAUUGGGUGUUUUGGAAACUCGAGAUGGGAAGGAAGUGUGGAAAACACGGCGAAUUCUUCUUACAGUUGCACCAAGUAAAGGUGUAGAACCUCCUGUGCAAAGAAGGAUCCCAGAAACUGAAUUUGUGAAAACAAACAGAGAUAAACUCAUUCAGAGAGUUUCAUCAGUGAUGGCAAUUGCUGACAGUUUGAUGAGCCAAGACAUGAUUAAUAGUGAAAUGUACAGUAAAGUUCGUGCUGCAGACACACGAGAAGAGAAAAUGAGACACUUGUUGGAUGCUCUUGACUCUGGAGGAGCUGCUGUAAAAGCAGAGUUCUGCAGACUGCUAAAGGAGAAGGAGCAUCAUCUUGUAAAUGAACUGGGGCCUCAUUUAUAAAAACAGGUUUAGAGAUUUCACAUCUGGAAGAGAGG